AGUAAACGGUCGUCGUUUUGGGGAAACGGCGCCGUUGAGUCUAUCCACUCGCUUUUUCUUCACAGCCUCAAAAUUUCUGCCCCUGUUUAUAUCGUCCCCUGAAAAUGUAGCUCUUCCUGCCAGGCCAGCCAGACUUUCGAAUUUAGCUCAAGAAAUAGCUUCACCGAAAGCAAGCAAAAUGAAAAUCAUGAUAAUUGCCACUCCGCCAGCAGCACUCCAAGGGCUCGCCUUCGGCUUUCCAGUGAGUUCUCCAGUAAGCAGAAAGUGGAAGGAGGAGGAGAAAUCAAGGAUUGACGUCAAGGUUUCCGCAGCAAAACCCGGAGGAUUCUCUCUCAACUCUAUUCUGAGCAAGUGCGGAACUUGUGAAGGCAAGCGUGCCAUUGAGUGUCCAGGAUGCAAGGGAACGGGGAAGAACAAAAAGAACGGCAACAUCUUUGAGCGUUGGAAGUGUUUUGAAUGUCGAGGGUUUGGACUCAAGGGUUGCCCCAGCUGUGGAGAUGGAGGGCUGACACCGGAGCAAAGGGGUGAAAGAUGAGAAGACAGACACAAAAAAAUGCAGUGGAAGUGGCUUAUUCAGGAAAGCUAUACCAUUGUGUGUUCUUAUUGAUCUUCUUACUUGUAAAUGGAUCCUUCCAACUCUUCAUUCCAAUAAAUGUGCAAACCAUGGAUGGACAUUGGGGCCUAGAAAGUCUUCUAAUUGAUAUUGCCCAUAAAAAAGUCUUCUAAUUCCUGUUUUCCCCUACUGUUUGUUACUUGUCAAGUUGACUCUGCUAACAUCUUCCUUGUCAAAUUCUGACUUGGUAUUAUAGUGUCCUAAUAAACUUUCCUGUGUCUGUAAACUAACGGAGUGGGAAGAGCAAGAAUAGCAGAUUUUUGCUUGGCCGUCAAAUCUGAAUACUGCAAAGGUUGACCAAUGAAAGUCAACUGCUUCCCUAUUGCUUUCACAUUGGGAUCUAUGCUACUCUUUCUUCUUUCCGUUCUACUUCUUCAAUUCAAAACAAGAGCAAGUAUCUGCUCCAUUUUCCGCCCAAACCAACCUCUUCCACACCCCAUCCUCUACUGCUCAGCUCUGCCUAAUCAAGUAAGCAAAUCUGGAAUAUCAAACACUUCCUGUUCAGCUCUUUCUUUGUAAUCUCAAAUCUGCUUUUAGCUGCUUGUUUGUGUUGAGGGGAUAUUGGGUUUGCCGUUUCUUUGAGAGAGAUUGGUGGAGUGUAAACUUGUUAAUGUUUUGCUGUCGUUGGUAAUGAAGCAUGGCUCUUUUUUUGACCUUCUGUCUUGUUGGAGAUGAUGGAUUGGUUUUCCCAUUUGCUGGCUGAUAACCCAAUUCUAUUCUCGUCCCAGGUUUAUUAUGCAACAACAAGAAAGUAGAGCUUGCCACUAUUUCCCAUCUCAUGGAAAGUGAAACAGCUGAUUGUGUAACAACUCGAAUCGGUGAAAAGCUUCGUGGAUCAUCUCCCAUCUCCUCUGAGUUCAGCAUCUUCAGGGUUCCUCAACAGCUACGCAAUGUGAAUGAGAGGGCUUAUGAACCCCAGGUAGUUGCGAUAGGUCCUUAUCAUCAUGGUAAGCAGCACUUGCAGCAGAUGGAGGUGCACAAAUUACACUAUCUCCGCCAGCUUCUUCGCAGGAGGAUCGAGGAUUACAGUCAAGUGAAUAGAUACGUUUUAGCCAUGAGGAAACUGGAGGAAAGCGCUCGCAGAUGUUAUGCAGAUUCCUUUGCCUUCACCUCGGAUGACUUUGUCGAAAUGAUGUUGUUGGACGGAUGCUUCCUCGUCGAGGUAAUCCGAAAGUAUGCAAUGACAGCAUUGAUUGACAACCACGACCCAAUCUUCGUCCUACCAAUGAACUUGUACAGCAUAAUGCGAGAUGUUCUCCUCCUGGAGAACCAGCUCCCUUUCUUUGUUCUCUCGGAACUGUUCCAGUUGACAAAGACGGUUCACGAGUUGGGGAACUUCCUGGCCAUGGUAAAUCAUUUCCUCUAUGGAAAAUCACCAGGGCUUGGCUUUGUCCAUGCUGAUAAUAACAACAACAGUGUAGGAUGUUGUUCCUAUGCGCAAGAUAUCAAGCACUUGUUAGGCUUUGCACAUGACUAUUGGAUUCCUCCAUACGCAAGAACAGCAGUAGGGAAACCUAUAGCCAGAUACAACCUCAAGUUCAUCCGUUGUGCCACAGAGCUUCGAGAAGCUGGAGUCAAGUUCAGAAGAGCUGAAGAAGGAGAAGGCCAACAACAUACCUUGUUCGAUGUCGAAUUCAAAGACGGGACUUUUGUGAUCCCAAUGUUGACAGUUGAAGAUGAGACCGAGUCGUUCUUCCGAAAUCUGAUAGCGUACGAGCAACUGCCAUUGAAGAACAACCCAAGCUACGUCACAGAUUAUAUGGUCCUGAUGGAUUGCUUGAUUAACUCGAGGAAAGACGUGGAGUUGCUGCGUCGGUAUGAGAUCAUCGACAAUCGAUUAGGGGAUGAUGAAGUGGUUGCCAGUCUGUUCAACAGGCUUGGGGACUAUGUUGGCGUCUCCCAUUCUUACUUCUCCUACUGUGAUGUGUUUGAAGAAGUGAACCUUCAUUGUGCAAAGAAACGGUACAAAUGGCUGGCAAAGCUGAGGCAUGAUUACUUCAACAGUCCCUGGGCUCUUAUAUCUUUUUUUGCUGCUGUUCUUCUCAUCUUGCUUUCCUUCCUUCAGACAUUGUAUUCUGGUUUGUCAUAUGAAAAAUGAAACAAAGUUUUGUUUUUCUUCUUCUUUUUUCCAGAUUGUUUUAAUUUAAUCACCUUUGCUCAGUC